AUGUCUGUUUAUUCUUUUGACAAAGAGCAGCUCCAGAACCUGCGUGGUCGGACUAUCCUGAUCACUGGCGCAGCCAGUGGAAUUGGACGAGCGGCAGCUCAGAUUGCAAAUGGCCAUGGCGCAAAUCUUAUAUUAGGGGACUUGGACGUGCAGGAAGGGGACAGGCUUGUGAACGAACUCCAAGGACCGGUCUUGUUUCGUAAAACUGAUAUAUCUAAAUGGGAUGAUGUUCUAUCGCUUUUUGAAGCAGGGGUCAAGGAGUUCGGCAUAAUCCACUCUGUUCUUGCAAACGCGGGAAUGAAUAAAGAAGACCUACUCGCAGAAGAUCUUGACGGAAAUGGCAGGCUCCUUCCGCCCAAUUUAGGGAGUAUCAAUGUGAAUUUAGUUGGUGCAAUCUACACAGUCAAAAGUGCUGUGCACUUCUUCAGCAAGUGGCCGGAGACAAAGUGCCAGAUUGUCUUGACAGCAAGCGCAGCCAGUUACCUCGACACCCCUCCACUGUACCUAUACUCUGCGGCGAAGACGGGUGUACUGGGCCUUAUGCGUGGAUUGAGGUCUCAACUUAUCAGGCAAAACAUCACCAUCAAUGUUGUGGCACCAUGGAUGACCAUUACGAAUAUGGUCCCUCCCUCGCUGGUUACUUUGUGGGGUAAUCUCCCCGCCAACCAGCCCUGGGGAGUUGCUCAUGCUCUUCUCCUACCAAUUCUACAACCUGAGAUUAACGGCAAGGCCUUCUUUGUGGCUGGUCAUAGAAUCAUAGAUUUGGAAGACACGCUGAUGGAGACGCAACCAUUGUGGAUGGGGGAGCAGUUGAGCAGUGAUAUUGCAGAGGGACAGCGAAGAUUGCCAACUUGA